CUGAGAGCUUGCAGUCGCGCGUAUCAUCGCUACCGGAACGCUUCCUCUCGUUCGGUGGUCCUUUCAUGUUUACUCCUGUAUGUAUUUAUGUGCAUCUGUGGGUGCUUCAAAUAAUAAACGAUCAAACUAUAACGCGAACCAAAAGCGUAAAGAACGCUAAAAAACAAACAAUAGACAGAAAGAGAUAACUUUAUUUCCUCUAAUAUAAUCGCGAAUGGCAGAUAAAAAACACGGAGAAUCGUUGAAAAACGCCGUCUUUUUCGUACACUAAUAAUUCAUUGAGAAAAAUUUGUUGGAAAAUUUUGAGAAGAAAAUCUCGCCGCGAUGAAGAGCGAAGAGAUGAAAGCUUCCUCUCUAAAAUGCAAAAGAACGCAGAGUCAUGACUGAGAAAAUUAAGAAAGCGUCUCAAAUUUGCGCAUCGACAUCCCGAAGAGGCUGAUCACGCACGAGUCGAGAUGAGCAAAGAGGGGAGCAGCGGCGAGGCAUCCUCGCCGGAAGUCCAGGCGGAUGUGUCGCCGAAAGACACGAAUGCGGAGAUUUACGAAAAUCGCGGGCCUAAAAAAAUAAUUCGCGUAGUCACUGUGAUAGCGUAUCUAUUUUCGGUGAGUUUCGUGGGUAUCCUCUUAAGUGCCUAUUACAUAUUUUUAUGGGACCCACCGAAUCCGAGAUUGAUAAAUCGAGGAAGACUGCAGGCGGAUCCGCAGAUGCAGUCCCUGAUCGCCACCGUGCCUUCAGAGAAGACAGACUUGAGGAAGAAGGGGAACGAUUUCUUUCUGGAAAAUGAAGUUAAUCGCGCGGACGUAUCUCUCUUAAAUCGCAUGCCGUACAGCGCGUACGAUGGGGAUGAUCCUAACGUCAAUUCUCAAGACAAGAAACAGGAAAGGCUGAACGUGAUGUUGCUAAAAUUGAGACACUCGCUCAUGGAAACACACGCUCGGAAUCGAAAUCUGUCGAAACACGAAACGGUAAUUUCCGGCGGACCCAACAAUUCGUCUAUUAGAGGAACAAUGCUCAACUCGAUCUCGAAUAAAUUGCGUAAAAAUAUUUCUGAAGAAAAAACUCGAAGUAAUACUGAUUUACCAGAAUUUAUGGAUCCUAUAAAUAUGCUGGACAUUGAAAACACGGCCAAAACUGUACAUGAAAAUAAAACGAAACAUAAAUAUUUGAACGGAAGAUUUAUUAACGAUGCCAAUCCGAUUGUCGAUCGUGAGGAAGAGAAUCGCAAUUACAGGAACGAGCAUUCUGACGCUAAAUUAUAUUCUGAUAGUAAAUCCAGCGAUACGAAAGCAAACGAUGAUAUUAUAAAUGACAGUAAUCAUCGCGGUAUCAAACGCAACAAUUCUUUCAAAGAGGAUCAAGAAUUUUUAAAAAUCAAUAUUGUCGGCGAUAUGAAAGAAUUGAUAAAACCAGAUGAAAUUGAUAAUCGUCAGUUGAUCAAUGGCAAUCGAAAAAAUGAUUCAAAUAAUGUACACACGAUCAUUACGUCAAAAGACUACAAGAAAGAUCUCACGAAACGUCUGCUAUCUAUAAAUGUCAACGUUAAUAAUCUAAAUUUCCGGCAAAAUUAUUCCUCAGACAACCACAUCAAAGAGAUCAAUGAAGUAUCGACUGUCCCAUCAUCUCACGACCACGAUUCAAGAUAUAUCCAUAACAGUCCGGGAUCCCAUCAGCCGUCGGAUGAUCCGACUGUUGUAAAAUCGCAAGCGUACACCACGAGAAAUUCCGAAGAAACACAGAUCGAAAGGAUGACUGUAAAAUCUACGACGAUGAAUAAUAAAGAAUUGAAGGAAAUAGAUAUAUCGUCCACCCAACCACAGAAAAGUCUUUUGGAAAUUUUGACGGAAAUCACGAAUAUCGAGGAAACAUCCAAUGAACUCACAUCGAUAUCGACAGUACAGGAUUAUCGCAACAAUUUCACUAGUACCAUAAAUGUCGACAAUGACGAUAAUGUUACAUAAACGAGUACCAAACUUUUUACACUUUCUAUUGAACGCGAAAAUAUAAGCUAAAGGGAAGCCAAACUAGUAAUCGCUAACAGAGUAAUAAGACCUAUUAGUAUAUUCAUAGAAAUUCGAUUUUUCCAUUCUAAGAACAAAGAAUAUUAGAAUGUUGCAUUGAUCUAAAGAUUAGCUAAAUGACAAAUCUUGUAAAGAUUAAAAGGACUCUCCGAGAUGAAUAUAAAAGUUAGACACAUAAAUAUAAUUUAGGUUUAACUAGUUAUGUAAAUGAUGCUGUUGACGAUAAAAUCAAUAAUGAUAAUGAACAAUAAAAUCCUAAGCAAAAUACAAAAUAUUCAUAAACGAAUCAUGGUUAUU